AUGCCAGGAUGUAUGUAUCAUGUAGCUUGUCGCUACAACAGCCACGUGAAACUCUUCCACGGCGUCAGCAAUCGCGGGGCAUGGUCUCUGGGUUCCAACCUGAUUCUAAAAGAACGGACCACUGAGCCACCACCCAACUUCGAAUCUACUAACCUCCGGUUCCUGGCCGAAAGAACGUCAAUACCCGGCCCCAAACUCGUCGAAGAUGAAAUCUGGGCUACCAUGUCUGGCGUCGACAAAGAAUGGGUCGCAAAACAGACCGCGGACCUCGGCGGACAGCCACUCUACUCAGCUUUUCUGUUUCCGACUGGCUAUGGCAUCGGCCAUGGCCCGUUUUCGUCAGAUGAUGAGCUGUGGGCUGAAAUGGCGUUGGCCUUGGAGAAAGUGCCGGAGGAUGUUCGUUUGGAGUUACGGAGGCGUAUGCCUGCUGCUGCUCCCUAUACCUUCACUCAUGGUGACCUGACCAAUGUUAAUAUCAUGGUGGAUUAUGGGGAUUUGGCUGGGAUUCUGGAUGGGGAAUCAUCAGGCUAUUUUCCCGUUUGGUGGGAGUUUACUUGUGCAGGAAUGGGUCUAGGGCAAGACGACAAGGAAUGGAAAGACUUAUUGCGCAAGUAUCUGCCGGAUCAUACUGAGGCUCGUGAGUUUUGGUUGGACUUUUACGCCUUGCGCAAGUAUCCGCAUUUGGAUGAGAGAGUGUUAAGCUUUUUUUAA